AUGAGCUCACUUCGACAUCCAUGUAUUGUGAGCUGUUUUGGAGUUUCUCUGACAACCAAUGGAAAAUAUAUGAUUGUAGAAUAUUUGGAAAAUGGAAGUCUAGAAAAGGCAAUUUAUAAUUCAAAGAUGGGAAGAACAAUUUUGAGAUUUGAAACCAAGUUGAAAAUAUUAACUGAUGUUGCCAAAGGAUUAGUUUAUUUACAUUCAAUCAAACCUCAUAGAAUUAUUCAUAGAGAUUUGAAACCAGGAAAUUUAUUACUCGAUAAGAAUAUGAAUGCAAAAGUUGGGGAUUUUGGAUUGAGCAAAAUUGUUUCGAAUAAUUCUGCAACAAUGACAGCAAAUGUAGGAACUUUACUUUACAUGGCGCCAGAAUUACUUUCGAAUGAUCACAAAGGUCAAAGUACAAAAGUGGAUAUUUAUUCAUUUGGAAUUAUUAUGUGGGAAAUUUUAUUCGAAGAAUCACCAUUUUCAAAUGAAAUUGAUGGUUUCACUAAUGUUUUCCAAAUAUUGAAGAAAGUUACAAAAGGUCAUCGACCACCCUUACUAUUCGAAACUAGUGCUUUAUUGGAGGGAGAUAAAAACCAGAAAGUUGAUGAAUGGAUUGAUCAUAACUUCACAAAGAAACAAAUCGAAACUAUUGGAAAGGAAAAUAUUUCUAAAUUAUAUGAAUCGUAUAUAGAAAUUAUGGAACAGUGUUGGAAUCAUGACGCAUCUAAAAGACCUGAAUUUAUUGAAAUUACAGAUCAAUUAGAAACCUUGCAAUCGAACUUUGCUUAA